UUUUAUUUUUGAUUAGAUCUGCUGCGGCCGUUGCGCGUGUGUUCCCUUCCCUCUUUCUUUCUUUCUCUCUUUCACUGCCACACUCUCUCAUUCUCUUUCCUUUUCGAUUCUUCUUCUCACACCACACACUCUCUUCACUCUUCACUCACUCACUGCAUGCCUCUUUGCUCUCCACUCACUCCUUCAUUUCUCAUUCCACUUCUAUCUUCUCUUCUCUUUCUCUCUCUCAAUUCGAUCAUUCCAUUUGCUCUCAGAUCUUGGAUACUCCUUUCUCAACAUGGUGGAUUCAACUGGAAAAGGAUCGGACUCCGAUGAUGCAAGCCCUAACUCCGCCGCCGCAGGUAAAAGUCCAACAACCGAGCAGAAGAAGACGUGCGCCGACUGCGGUACCUCCAAGACUCCUCUAUGGAGAGGUGGCCCCGCCGGCCCCAAGUCUCUAUGCAAUGCCUGCGGGAUCAGGAGCCGCAAGAAGAAGAGAGCCAUACUCGGAAUCGCAAGAGGAACCACCACCACCGACGAUGUUAAAAAGGGGAAAAGAAGCAACACCGUCGCCAAUAGUAAUAAUAACAAGUUUGGGGAUAGCUUUAGUUUCAAGAAGAGGUGGAUCACAAUGGCGAGGCAGCGAUCGAAUCCUGCGCACACCCACAGGAACAAGUUGGGAGAGGAAGAACAAGCUGCUUUCCUGCUCAUGUCUCUCUCUUAUGGAUCCGUUUAUGCCUAAGAGAAUCUCUUCAAUUCUAGAAUUAUAUUAAUCAAUUAAUUAAUUAAUUAAUCAAUCAAUUACUAAGAAUAUUGCAGCUAGCUUAGGCUAUGAUUAGAUUUUGUUCUACCAUGCACUUGUACCGCCUCCUCCUAACCCCCUUUCUAAGUGUAUAUGUAAUUUGUUUCUAUCGAUCCAUCUUGUUGAGUGUGUGAUCAUGAAUUGUUAACAAAAUCAUUCAAGUCCAAUUUUGGUGAUUUACUCA